CGGCUCUCGACGUCCCCACCAUGGACGCCGCCGACCACAGGGCCCGCCCCGACCAGCUCGUCCACGACGACGGCCCCUACGGCCAGGUCAUGGACGAGCAAGCCGGUCUCCGCGCAUCCCGCCCGUCCACCGCCGCCGGCGACCCGGACGGCGACCUCCCCGGCUACACCCUCAUGGUCGCUGGUCGUCGCACCGGCAAGACCUCCUUCCUCAGGCUCCUCCUCGACACCAGCCCCCUCUCUCCCGCCGUCUCGCGCGACCAGCUCACCUCCGUCGCCAAGUUCGUCCAGGGCUGCAGCGGCCACACCUCGCACGUCCGGGCCGUCUCCGCCAACGUCGACCUGGCACCCGCAGAGGGCGAGGACAGCCACGAGUUCACCCUCACGCUCAUCGACACGCCGUCCCUCGACUUUGUCGACGACGCCGCGUCCCAGCGUGUGGUCACCGAUAUCUUGCGGCACGUAGACGCGCGCUUCGCGGAAAGCAUAGACGACGAGCGCAAGGCGCAGAACGGCGACCACCACGUCCAUCUGUGUAUCUACUUCCUGGAUCCGGACACCAUAGUGCCUCCGUCGGUAUCAGCGCCCCCCGUUCCCCUCGUCACCCGCAGCCGCGCAGGGAGCAUGUCCGACAUCGACCCCGUCAUCCUCGAGCCUCCGGUGACCACCAACCCCCUGCUCUGUCGGCCUGCCCUGCCCCCCGCCGACAUUGCCACCAUCCGGCGGCUAUCCACGCGCGUCAACGUCCUUCCCGUCGUCGGGCGCGCCGACAUCCUCACCAACGAACGCCUCGCAGCUGUGAAGACGGCCGUACGGCGCGAUCUGGCAGAAGCUGGUAUCGGCUUUGGCAUUUUCGACUUGGACACGUUCCCGCAGUACCCUCAGUACUCUCGCCGGGACUCGUCUGAAAACGUUCUGCCAAAGCUCGAGAAUGCAAAUGGGUAUGGCGGCCAUACUAACGGUGCAUCGUCCUCGGCGACCUCUUCGCCGUCGACCUCGAUGUCUUCCCCCUCUUACCUGCGCUUGCCCUACGCAGUGAUAUCGCCGGAUAUUUAUUCACAUAGUGACGGCGUUGCUAGACCCGCACCGUCUCGCACCGAACUGGCGCACCAGUACACUCCUUUACAACAUUUUCCUAACCACAGGCAACAGACAUUCGCUAAAAUCGUCCCGGGCAAGUUCAUCCGGAGCUAUAGAUGGGGCUUCCUCGAUGUCAUGGAUACAACCCACUGUGACUUUGUACAACUACGCGGGGCUAUCUUUCACCACAUGCAGACUCUGCAAAAAUACACAAGAGAGUAUCUCUUCCAAAAGUUCAGGGCGGAGACCCAGCCGCCGCUCCCGCAUCCUAUUCCAACUCGGGCGCCCCAUGCACCAGUCGCAAUGCCGCCCCGACUCCCCGCUCUUUCUCAUGCAUCUCGCCCCAUCCUUGCUAUAGACACUACACCGUCCCACGCUGCCACGAAGGGACAACCACACCCGGCUCGCCCGGCCACGAUUUCGUUGAAUGGGGACGCAGCUUCGCGGUCUGCUGGUUCCCCUCAACCGCGUGUGCCCUCGGGCGUCCCCUCGGAAGGCUCGCCGGGUACGACAAAUUCCUCGAGUCAGUCAUCUUUUCUUUCCGCGAGGGGUCGUGAGACCAGUUGUCGUCGUAUAUGGCCACUGCGAUCAUCGAAGGGUAUACUCGGCUGCUAUGCUGACCACUCGUAUCUUCACAUAGGGUCUCAACGGUUGCGCACGAAGAAGAUCACGGUCGCGUGCAAUUUCUGCCGAUCGCGCAAGCUCAAGUGCGACGGCGGCAGGCCUGCUUGCAGCCAGUGCUUCAAGCGCUCGAACCCUUGCGACUACACCGCGAGCCAGAACCGGCGUGGUGGAAGGAAGGCGCGGAAACAGUUCGGCGGCAGUGAAAGCGAGGGCGAGAGCAUAGAAGACCAGUCCAUGGAUAUGGAAAACGCUUCUCAGUCCCCGGAGGUUUCGGUCGCGUCGCACCCACAGUCGCAGUCGCAGCCGACCUCGCGCCGCAACUCGAACGUGAGCAUGCUGCUCGGGGAGACGCUCCCGCCGCUGAGCAGCAUCGAGAGGCGGGACGAGUCUGCAGGCUCGACGACGCUCCCGCCCAUCCAGCAGGCCACGACGAGCCUGCGGAAUGUGACGCUGACGGACGCGCGCCCGGAGCUUCCGCCCAUCGCCACACUAUCAGCACCCCCUUCUUCCGCGUCCAAGAGCCUGCCCCUGGAAGAUCCGCCGUCGAUAGGGUCGCUAAAGUCAGAGGACGGUCAGAUGACCGCGCGGAGGCGCACGUCCGCCGCGGCGACUGGGAAGACGCGCGCGACCAAUCACGGCUCGAAGAUUGUGGCCUGCAACGUCUGCAGAGCGCGCAAGACGAGGUGCGAUGGGGCGCAUCCCGCGUGCGGCAGCUGUUCGCGGCGCUCGCUGCCGUGCAACUACGUGAAUGACCCGGGCACGAGCAGGGGCCGCGGGCGGGCGGCGGCAGCCACUCCAGGGCCGUCCGGCUCGACGUCGUCGCGCUCGUCGCCGUCGGUGCCUGUGCAGUUCGGUGCGUCGAACGGGACGACGCGCAGCAUCGGGAUGGUGGACGGCGGCCCGUCAGACAGCGGGCACCCAGUGAAGAAAAUGCGGAUGGCGACGGAGUCUGCACCGCGGCGGCGGUGGCGGUGAUGCAGGCGCCGUGAGCUCCCUAGGCCUCCCUGCGGCUUGCCCGCGCGCGAACGCACUUCUUCUUCUUUAGACUACUUGUGGAGGACGCUUGCCUCGUGUGUAACUGUGUAUUGCUUUCUUCUGCUGUGUUAGGGUAUUUACUGCCGUCGUCGCUGGGUUGUUUCGAUUGUCGCCGCACGGGAGCGGAGCCGCAUGUGUACAGUAGCAUAUCUAUUCGUCGCCGCCUGUGCGACGGGCGCACGUACUGACAGACCGUCUGUCGCUCC